UUUGGGCGACGUGGCUAAGUUGUUUUAUAGUGUUCUUAAAGUGUAGUAUUGAAAUCUACAUUUAAAAUGAACCGAAGCUCAAAAAUAUUAAAUAAUAAGAUUGCUGGCUAUAGUAGUCUUAUCACAUUUGUCGUCUUACUGAUUGCAUGGAUAGCCGGAUUUUCAUCUCGUCUGUUUGCCGUCAUACGAUUCGAAUCAAUAAUUCACGAAUUCGAUCCAUGGUUCAAUUACCGAGCAACUGCCUACAUGGUGCAACAUGGCUGGUAUAAGUUUCUUAAUUGGUUUGAUGAAAGAGCCUGGUAUCCACUAGGCCGCAUAGUUGGUGGUACUGUGUACCCUGGAUUAAUGAUAACUUCUGGCAGUAUCCAUUACCUAUUGCACAUACUGAAUAUUCCAGUGCAUAUACGAGACAUUUGCGUAUUUUUGGCUCCGGUUUUCAGUGGCCUUACAUCCAUUUCGACGUAUUUAUUAACAAAGGAACUUUGGUCGCCCGGCGCUGGUCUCUUUGCGGCAAGUUUUAUUGCUAUAGUGCCCGGUUAUAUCAGCCGAUCCGUGGCGGGUUCCUAUGAUAAUGAAGGCAUCGCCAUAUUUGCACUUCAAUUCACAUACUUCCUAUGGGUGCGAUCUGUUAAAACUGGAUCCGUAUUCUGGUCAUCUGGUGCAGCAAUUUCCUACUUUUACAUGGUAUCCGCUUGGGGUGGAUAUGUGUUUAUCAUCAAUUUGAUUCCACUGCAUGUUUUUGUGUUGCUAAUAAUGGGGCGAUACUCCCCGCGACUUCUAACAAGCUACAGCACAUUCUACAUUCUCGGACUCCUGCUCUCAAUGCAAAUACCGUUUGUUGGAUUCCAGCCAAUACGCACAAGUGAACAUAUGGCGGCUAUGGGAGUUUUUGUACUGCUCAUGGCCGUUGCUGCUCUGCGUCACUUGCAAUCUAUAUUAUCACGAAAUGAGUUUAAAAAAUUAUUCAUUGUUGGUGGAUUCCUGGCGGCUGCUCUUGUUUUUGUCGCAGUCGUUGUAUUAACAUUGAUGGGCGUCGUAGCGCCAUGGAGUGGACGAUUUUAUUCUCUCUGGGAUACAGGCUAUGCGAAAAUUCAUAUUCCCAUUAUUGCAUCUGUUUCGGAACAUCAGCCAACUACUUGGUUCUCAUUCUUCUUCGACUUACAUAUUCUUGUGUGCGCAUUUCCGGUUGGGCUUUGGUAUUGCGUGAAGCAGAUUAAUGAUGAACGCGUUUUUGUGGUACUAUACGCUAUAAGUGCUGUCUACUUUGCGGGUGUGAUGGUUCGUUUAAUGUUGACACUAACUCCGGUAGUGUGCAUGCUCGCUGGCGUUGCCUUUUCCGGGCUAUUAGACGUCUUUCUUCAAGAAGAUUCAUCUAAACGAAUGUCUAAUACAAUCAACUCUUUACAAGAAGCUGAUGAACAGGACGAAUCAUUAGAAAGGAAAAGUUUAUACGAUAAGGCCGGGAAGUUAAGACAUCGCACCAAACAGGAUCCCACACACGACAGUGGAAUAAGCUCCAAUUUAAAAAGUAUCGUUAUAUUGGCGGUUUUAAUGAUAUUGAUGAUGUUUGCUGUUCAUUGUACAUGGGUAACAAGCAAUGCGUAUUCAAGCCCAUCAAUAGUUCUUGCUUUUCAUAAUAGCCAGGAUGGAUCACGAAAUAUAUUGGAUGAUUUUAGAGAAGCGUAUUAUUGGCUCUCUCAAAACACUGCAGAUGAUGCUCGCAUAAUGUCUUGGUGGGAUUAUGGUUACCAAAUUGCCGGAAUGGCCAACAGAACAACGCUAGUUGACAAUAAUACUUGGAAUAAUAGCCAUAUAGCUUUAGUCGGCAAAGCGAUGUCAUCGACUGAGGAAAAGUCUUAUGAAAUAAUGACAUCUCUAGAUGUGGACUUUGUUCUAGUAAUAUUUGGAGGUGUGAUUGGCUAUUCUGGUGAUGAUAUAAAUAAGUUCCUCUGGAUGGUUCGAAUUGCGGAAGGAGAACAUCCAAAAGAUAUAAAGGAAAGCGAUUUUUUUACCGAUCGUGGUGAAUUUAGAGUAGACGCAGAGGGUGCGCCUGCUUUGCUAAACUGUCUGAUGUACAAAUUGAGCUACUACCGCUUUGGGGAAUUAAAAUUGGAUUACAGGGGGCCUUCUGGAUAUGAUCGGACCCGUAAUGCUGUAAUAGGCAAUAAAGAUUUCGAUUUGACAUUUUUGGAAGAGGCAUAUACAACAGAACACUGGUUGGUUCGAAUCUACAGAGUGAAGAAGCCAUUCGAGUUUAAUAGACCAUCCUUAAAGGCUAAGGAUAGGCUUAUUCCACCAACAAACUUCAUAUCUAGAAAGAACUUAAAAAAACGCAAAGGAUUAAUUCGAAAUCGACCAAUUGUUGUGAAAGGAAAAAGAACGUUAAAAUAAGUUACAUUUAUUCAAAUUUGACUGCAAUAAAAACAAUGAAUAAAUAA